CUCAUCUGCGRCUGCGCAAACCCCGCAGGCUCCUGGUGCAUGUUUUCGCUCCUUGUUCCUCUGGAGAUGUGAAAGUCUAAACUAGUUUUUUUCGUUUUUUACUUUAACCCAGUUCAGUCUGGAUUUAAAUCACAAUGAAAACCAGAUUCACCACCGUSGAUAUCAGGGCGGUUAUUGCCGAAAUCAAUGCCAACUAUAUUGGCAUGAGAGUAAACAACGUGUAUGACAUCGACAAUAAGACGUAUCUCAUCCGUCUACAGAAGCCAGACAGCAAAGCUGUUCUUCUGGUGGAGUCCGGAACUCGUAUUCACUCCACAGACUUCGAAUGGCCCAAAAACAUGAUGCCUUCAGGCUUUGCAAUGAAAUGUCGAAAGCAUCUGAAGACACGCCGGCUAACGCAGAUUAAGCAGCUUGGRAUUGACAGGAUCGUGGACAUCCAGUUUGGUUCCGACGAGGCUGCCUACCACUUGAUUGUUGAGCUUUACGACAGGGGCAACAUCAUCCUGGCGGAUCACGAGUACACCAUCCUGAAUCUGCUGAGGUUUAGAACGGCCGAAGCWGAAGAUGUUAAGAUCGCUGUGAGGGAGCGGUACCCAGUGGAGAGCGCCAGACCCCCUGAACCUCUUAUCAGUUUGGAGAAACUUACUGAAAUCCUGAGCAAAGCGUCAAACGGAGAGCAAGUGAAGAAAGUCCUGAACCCCCACCUGCCCUAUGGAGCCGCUCUGAUAGAACACAGUUUAAUUGAAGCAGGACUGCCCGGCUCGCUCAAAGUUGACGGUCAAAUUGAUGAAGUUUCACCAAAAAUCCUGGCAGCCCUGCAGAUUGCUGMAACCUACAUGGAAAAAACUGAAACUUUUAGUGGCAAAGGUUACAUCAUUCAAAAGAGUGAGAAGAAACCGAGUUUAACUCCAGGCAAACCCAGUGAGGAGCUCCUCACAUAUGAUGAAUUCCAUCCAUUCCUGUUCGCUCAGCACGCAAAGAGCCCUUAUUUGGAGUUUGAUCGUUUUGACAAGGCAGUCGAUGAGUUCUUUUCUAAAAUGGAGAGUCAGAAGAUCGACAUGAAGGCGCUGCAGCAGGAGAAACAGGCGCUGAAGAAGUUGGAAAAUGUUAAGAAGGACCACGAGCAGAGGCUGGAGGCCCUGCACCAAGCACAGGAGGUGGACCGAGUCAAAGGAGAACUCGUGGAGAUGAAUUUGCCCAUCGUAGAGCGGGCGCUGCAGGUGGUGCGCAGCGCUCUGGCCAACCAGGUGGACUGGACAGAAAUCGGCAUCAUCGUGAAGGAAGCUCAGGCUGCCAGUGACCCUGUGGCCUGCGCCAUCAAGGAGCUGAAGUUGCAGACCAACCAUAUCACCAUGCUUUUAAAAAAUCCUUACAUUUCUGAGGAGGACCAGGUUGAGGAAGAGAAAAAAGAUGUAGUGGAGGAGAAAGGGAAGAAAAACAAGAGUAAAGACAAAGGACAAAGCAAGAAGCAGCAGCGGAACAAGCCCAUGUUGGUGGAUGUGGAUCUCGGCCUGUCAGCUUAUGCUAACGCCAAACGGUACUACGACCACAAACGCAGUGCAGAAAAGAAGGAACAGAAAACCAUGGAAGCAGCAGGCAAGGCUAUGAAAUCUGCAGAGAAAAAAACUCAACAAACACUAAAGGAAGUUCAGACCGUUACCACCAUUCAGAAGGCCAGGAAAGUCUACUGGUUUGAGAAGUUCCUGUGGUUCAUCAGCUCCGAGAACUACCUGGUCAUUGCAGGAAGGGACCAGCAGCAGAACGAGAUGAUUGUGAAACGCUACCUUCGGGCAGGUGAUAUCUACGUUCAUGCUGACCUCCAUGGAGCGACUAGUUGUGUCAUCAAAAACCCUUCAGGUGAUCCCGUUCCUCCCCGGACUCUGACAGAAGCUGGCACUAUGGCUGUGUGUUACAGCGCCGCUUGGGAUGCCAAGAUCAUCACCAGUGCUUGGUGGGUCCACCAUAACCAGGUGUCAAAAACGGCUCCAACAGGAGAGUAUCUGACCACUGGGAGUUUCAUGAUUCGAGGAAAGAAAAAUUUUCUGCCUCCCUCCUACCUGAUCAUGGGUUUUGGUUUCGUUUUCAAGGUGGACGAUCAGAGUGUGUUUCGACACAGAGGGGAGCGGAAAGUAAAAACAGUCGAGGAGGACAUGGAAGAGGUCACAUCCAGAGCCGCUGAGCUGCUGGAGGAAGGGGAGGAGCUGAUAGGGGAUGACAGCAGCAAUGAAGAUGGAGAGUCGAAGGAGGUGGAAAACAAACUGAUGGAAGAGGAGAAAACUGAGAGCGGGGAGGUGGAUGCUGCAGAUGCAGGGGGGAUGAAGAGCAAUCCAGAGGAGCACAAGGAGGAAGACAGCAGCGAGGAAGAAGAGGCAGAGGAAUUCAGCUUCCCAGAUACGACCAUCUCCCUCUCUCAUUUACAACCAAACAGGAGUGCUCAGAACCCUGGCUUCAAUAAAGAAAUAACAACGCAGGCUGAGGUGGAUUCACAAGGAAAGAAACACAUGAGUGCCAAACAGAGAAGAGAAGAGAAGAGGAAGAAGCAGAGACAGGAGGGUUGGGACGCAGAGGACAAGAAUGAGGUCUUGUCUGCGGGGUCAGCUGGGGAUCAGGGGCCUAAAAGUGGAGGCGGCCCCACGCAGCAACCUCUGAAGAGAGGCCAAAAGAACAAGAUGAAGAAGAUCAAAGAGAAGUACAAGGACCAGGAUGAAGAGGACAGGGAGCUGAUGAUGCAGCUGCUCGGGUCGGCCGGUUCCUCCAAGGAGGAGAAAGAUAAGGGGAGAAAGGGGAAGAAGGGAAAAGGGAAGGAGGAGCCCGUCAGGAAACCGGCCCCUCAGAAACAACAGCAGAGACCUCGAAGUGUUGCAACAGAGGUGAAGAAACCRGAGGAGGAGGAGGAGAGGCAGGCUGGAGGACAGGGAGGUCCUGCUGAACAGGAGGACAAGGAAGAUGAAGUGGAUCAAGACAAUCCCGGAGCAGAGGAAGCAGAAACUUUGCUGACGUCUCUGAGCGGCCAGCCUCACGCUGAGGAUGUGCUGCUGUUUGCCGUGCCAGUCUGCGCUCCGUACACCGCCCUCUCCAACUACAAAUACAAAGUGAAGUUAACACCGGGUUCUCAGAAGAAAGGAAAAGCUGCUCGAACUGCGUUGUUCAGUUUUAUCAAAGCCAAAGAGGCCUCAUCCAGAGAGAAGGACCUGUUCYGCAGUGUCAAGGAUGCAGACYUAUCCAGAAACAUGCCUGGGAAAGUGAAAGUGUCUGCGCCAAACCUGCUGGCUGCCAAGAAGAAAUAAUUAGAAAMCUGCCAAAACUUGCACAGAACUGCAAACUGGUGAAACUUAAUUUCCAUUUUAAAUCAUCUAAGUUGCAGGUUUCCCAUUUAAUACAGAACUUUGUUUAAAUAAGAGCUCUUUAAUUGUAAAAACUGAUUGUAUUUCCUCAUCAACAUGUAAAAAAAAUGUUAAAGAAGCCUCCUUUUGUGGAUUUUAUUUUUUAUUAGUGUCCAAAGUAGAUGCUACAGCAAUUGUAAGCAGUGUUACCAAUUAAAAUAAAAUGGAAAAACAAAAACAGUCAUUUUGUGCAAACCAGGCCAGUACAAACAAAGCCCUACUGACAUGAGGCAUUUCAGUGCAACGUGGCUCAACAUUGUUUUUUUUACACUUGCUUCUAUUAACUUAUUAAAUUAAAACUGCUACAGGAGUCACUUGUACCAAAGGCUAUAWAAGCCUCUUUGAGAACAUAAAAAUUAAACUUUCCCCAAACAUCUUCAGUUUAUUUACAWAUAAGAGUUAACAUUUACGCAAUUCCUAAAGAGACAGAUUUGAGUUUCAUGAAGCAAUGAAGYGUGGUUUAUGGUUUGUGAGAGCAAAGAUGAAACAUUUGUGUAAAAAUAAAGGAAAAACUAUCAAGCUAAAUGUUAGUUGAAUCCAGAAAAGACUGAAAGCAAACUAAGCUCAGUUUGGAUUCUGCAUCUUUGUAUUUAGCAUUAAGAGGUUUUUGACAUUUUAAGAUGGUAAGACCAAACUUGUUUUCMCUCCAGCCUUCUUUACAAGUUGAAACAGUAAAAGUUUGGAUUUACUUUUUAUAUUGGAAUAUAGUGAAAACAUAAGCAUGAAUUAAUCCUGAAACUGCAAAAA